AUGGCAUUUGAGAUUUGCAAGAUCCACUUGUCUUCAUACUUCAAAGAGUUGAAUAUCUCAACUGCGAUUCAUGCAUCGACAGCCAACUGCGGUACUGGCUGUGGAUUGAUAUCCGAUACACAGCCAGAGCUCCAAGGGAGUACAGGCAGUUGCCAAGCAGUUGCCAAUGAUUUCACAGUCGAGUAUUUCCCAGACAAGCCCUGCGAUAUCUCUAUUAAUCAAUGCACCCCACAUAUAGGGAAUAUCAAUGUCAGACUUACAGCUUGCCUGAACACUAUACAAAAGUGGCAGUUCUUGGGGAUUUGCAAAUAUCCGCCACAAGCUCCAUUGGUUGCCAAGCUCCAGGAAGCAAGUCUUUACCACAGAACUAAUGUCACUGACAGACACCUCGGCGAGCACAAUCCCGGAGGUAUGCAAUCACCUCCCGUCGGCAAGCUGUCGCAACCCCAGAAACCGUGGACUUCCAAGGGCGCACACAACACGGUACACAGCUAUAUGUGCCCGAUAUCUUGUGAUGAAUACCACAAAACUAUGAAACUGGAGCGUUGCGAGUGUUGUUAUCGGCGAAAACAUGUCGCGGCUGCCGAUCGAUGCCUAAGGCUGGAAAGUGGGACUCCGCCGCCUUUGACUUCAAGACUUUCCAUUGCCUGGGUAUAUGUGCCUAGAAGUUCAUCAGUCCACGUUCAAAGAGACCUCAAUCGCCAAAUAUAA